GUCUCGUCGGCUCCUCGACGACUGGCGACGGGCCGUGGAGAUGUGGGAGGCGACGAGAUGGCAGUGACGGAGACCGAAUUCCACGCCAAGGCCGAAGUCUCUCUCCAGCAGAUCUUUGAGUCCUUGGACGCCAGUAACUUGGACUGUGUCGACGAUUUGGGCUACGAGGAUGGCGUCCUGACUGUCAAGCUGGAAGGGGGCAGAACAUUUGUGAUCAACAAGCACUAUGUCACUCGUCAGAUUUGGUACGCCUCGCCGGUCUCUGGCGCGCUGUAUUUCAACCUCCAGGCAGAUCAGACCUGGCGAACCAAAGAUGCGAUGGAGCUGGGCAAGUGCUUUUUGCAGGACUUGAUCCAGGUUUGCCCUGAAGCGCAGGAACUGGACCCUGCAAAGUUUUAUGCCUGAGCAGAUUCGCAUUUGGCCCAAGAAAGCCAGCGCAGCUUGUUGCUGGACAAUCGACCCACAAUUGUUUGCAUUUAUGGUCACAAACCAGCAGAAGAGUACGAGUAUACCAUAUUGCCAGCGGCUGCACUAAGCCGGGCCGCAUUGCUCUGAAAAUGCACAAAGGGCGAUGCAUCUGAAAGGAAGACGAAGGCGACUGUAUCUGAGUUCUAUCUUAUAUAACACAUAUUUUGGCAGAUGACGAACGUCUACAAAAAACGGGCAGUCUCAAAGGCCUUGAACGCUGAGAAUGAGGAGGACACCGUCGAGCUCUCACACAACCCCAAGGACCCCUUGGUGGGCUACGCCUUCAAAAUCCAGGCAAAAAAAAAACAUGUGGAGCGGAAGCAAACGCACGAGACACGAGACACGAGACACGAGACGCACGAAUGUCACAAUGCCGGAACACCCUUCUCGGCAUGACUUCGGACAAUUCAUAGAAAGCAUUCUACAAAGUACCCUUUACAACUCCAUUCAUUCCACAGACUGAUGUUUGAAUUGAUCACACUCCUGUGUUUUUGUUUGCCCCACCGCGCUGCAGAUAUCCCUUUUUGAGCAAAGAAGUGGAUGUUGAGCGAUAUUUCCUGUCCCGGGACCUGUGUGAGAAAGAGCCUAAAACACCUGAAGACAUGGGAUUCAACGUAAUGUUCUUGUACAUAGACAGUGUUUAUGUGGGUCUAGUAUAGGGCACAGUUUGACUGUUCUACCCCAAAGUGUUGCUUGGCAAACCAAGUAUUUCAUAUCCCUGGAUACUGGAAUGUUGCAACCACAAUACUGUCCUGAGUCCAGAAAGAACGCUGAGCACAAGAUUAGCCCUUUCAUCAUUGUAUCCGCAUGCUCGCACUGGUCUCAAGUGACAAGCAAGGGUCAAGGCUAUGGUUGCUCGUUAAAAGCGAGGACCAUCCACUAGCCGGGCAAGUGACCUACAUGCGGGUGAUUGACUUAGCUCCUCUUGCGGUUUUGCAGAGUUGUGUGCCACUCUGGCCUCUAUGCGUGUCAAACAUUUUGCUUUGUAUGCCAAAUCGCAAAAAGAUCUGGUUGCCCAGUAAUCAGCUGCACAAGAUCAGCCUGCUGGCAUUGCUGUUUCCGUUGCAUCGUGUAUUGGCAAGGUAUACCAGGGCAAAAUUGGAAAAGGCGAUUCCAUCGCAUCUUGGCAAUCAUUCUGUCCGACUUAUGGCUUUGAGGCUAUCAAAGGAUUAGAUAGAUUCGUUCUACUUAAACCACCAAUCCAAGCAGUUCUUCAGGUGAAUAUGAUGAAUGACAAGAGGACCAUCGUGGCAAGGGCACAUGAAUGUGGAACGUUGUGGAACUUGAUGUGAGUCUACAAGAAAGUGAGAGAGACAUGAAGAACCGAAAGAACAACAAGAAGAACCGGUCUGAAAAAAGGGACGUCCGAACCGAUUCAGAGUGUCCUUCACAAGAAAGGGAGGAAAAGCCACGGUCUCUAGAGACCAGGACGGUCGGAAGAACCGAAAGAACGGUCGGAAAAAGAACGGUCGGUAGUUACAAUUCUAAUUAAAUUCUUAUUGUUACUAGUAGUAAGGCACUUGUUUCUAAUAGCUUCUUGUUACUACUAGUAAGGCACUUGUUACUAGUAGCGAUGCACUUGUUACUAGUAGCUUCCUACCCCCCAACCGAAAGAAUGGUCGGUUAAAGACUGAAAGGCUUGAGCUGGUCGUUCUUCGGGCUGGUCGGCGCCUGGCCGCUUUCUGCUCGCAAAUGGUCUGGCAAUGCCCACCAAACUCGCAUUUUGCUUGUGCCUAACAGCUGGAUUUCCCUGUUCCAGAAUAACAGAUUGAUGAUUGAUGUGACAAUUCUCGAGCAAGCUUUGCAGGAUAGCUGUCAAGAGACUUGUACGCAUGCACUCCAACGAAAUCAAGGACGUGAACGAGGC